AUGCUCGAGCGCUUUAAAGACAUGGCUUCUAAGAACAAGGUCCUCAAGUCAUUCAUCGGCAUGGGUUACCACGGAACCAUUGUCCCGCCGGUCAUUCUCCGUAACCUGCUCGAGAACCCCGGCUGGUACACCCAGUACACUCCGUACCAGGCGGAAAUCGCCCAGGGACGCCUGGAAUCUCUCCUGAACUUCCAGACCUUAAUUACCGACCUCACGGCAAUGCCGAUGUCCAACGCGUCGCUUCUCGACGAGGGAACCGCAGCGGCCGAAGCCAUGGCCAUGUGUCUCAACAUCAGCCGAGGGAAGAGGACCAAAUUUUACAUUUCCAACCUGUGCCACCCGCAGACCAUCGACGUGUGUCUGACACGCGCUGAUGGGCUUGGGAUUGAAGCCGUCGUCAGCGACCACACUAAGUUUGAUUACUCCAAGAAGGACGUCUGCGGUGUGCUCGUGCAGUACCCUGCGACAGACGGCACCCUCAUCGACUAUUCCGAUUUCGUCGUCAAGGCUCACGAGAACGCGGAGUAUAAGCGGCUGAUGCCCGGGAGGAUUAUCGGAGUGAGCAUUGACGCGCAGGGGAAUCCAGCUCUGCGUAUGGCAAUGCAGACGAGGGAGCAGCACAUCAGGCGAGACAAGGCCACCAGCAACAUCUGCACGGCGCAGGCUCUCCUCGCCAACAUGGCCGCGAUGUACGCCGUGUAUCACGGCCCCGCAGGCCUCAAGGACAUCGCGAACCGCGUGCACGGGCUCGCGGCGGUCUUCGCCAAGGGCGUGGAGAAGGCGGGCGCCGGCACCGUCGCCAAGGAGCCGUUCUUCGACACCGUGAAGGUGACCGUUGGCGGCGGCAAGGCUGCUGACGUGGCGGCUGCUGCGGUGAAGGAGGGGAUGAACCUGCGCGUGCUGGACGCUGACACGAUCACUGUUGCGUUCGACGAGACCAGCACCAUUGCUGACGUGGACGCGCUCUUGAAGGCCGUGGCUGGCAAGCAGCCUGCCUUCACAGCGGAGUCCAUUGCACCACAGGUGGACGCAGCUCUGCCCAAGUCGAUGGAGAGAGAGAGCGCCUUCCUCACUCACCCCAUCUUCAACGCCUACCAUUCAGAGCACGAGCUGCUGCGCUACCUGCACCGCCUGCAGGCCAAGGACCUGUCGCUCGUGCACUCCAUGAUCGCCCUGGGCUCCUGCACCAUGAAGCUCAACGCCACGGCCGAGAUGAUCCCCAUCACAUGGCCCGAGCUCGCCAACAUUCACCCCUUCGCACCCCUCGACCAGACCAACGGCUACCAGGAGAUGUUCAACGACCUGGGAGCCAUGCUGGCAGAGAUCACAGGCUUCGACUCCGUCUCCCUGCAGCCCAACGCGGGUGCUGCUGGCGAGUACGCGGGUCUCAUGGCCAUCCGCGCAUACCACCAGUCCCGUGGCGACCACCAUCGCAAUGUGUGCAUCAUCCCCGUGUCGGCUCACGGCACCAACCCGGCGAGUGCCGCCAUGUGUGGCAUGAAGAUCGUGGCUGUGGGCACGGACGACAAGGGCAACGUCAACAUUGCUGAGCUGAAGGCCGCUGCUGAGAAGCACAAGGACGACCUCGCUGCCCUCAUGAUCACGUACCCAUCAACCCACGGAGUGUACGAGGAGGGUGUUGACGAGAUUUGCCGCAUCAUCCACGCCAACGGUGGCCAAGUGUACAUGGAUGGCGCCAACAUGAACGCUCAGGUUGGCCUCACCAGCCCGGGCCACAUAGGGGCGGACGUGUGUCAUCUCAACCUGCACAAGACCUUCUGCAUUCCCCACGGAGGAGGCGGUCCUGGCAUGGGCCCCAUUGGAGUCAAGGCACACCUUGCCCCCUUCCUGCCCUCCCACCCUGUGAUACCAACUGGAGGCAUCCCCCCUCCCCCUCCCGGCUCGGUGGGCAAGCAGAUGGGCGCCAUUGCUGCCGCCCCCUGGGGGUCUGCGCUCAUCCUGCCCAUCUCCUUCAUGUACAUCGCCAUGAUGGGCGCCCAAGGACUCACUGACGCUUCAAGACUUGCCAUCUUGAACGCCAACUACAUGGCCAAGAGGCUUGAGAACCACUACCCAGUGCUGUUCAGGGGAGCUAAUGGCACCUGUGCUCACGAGUUCAUUAUCGACCUCAGGGGAUUCAAGGGCACGGCGCACAUCGAGCCAGAGGAUGUGGCCAAGAGGCUGAUGGACUAUGGCUUCCAUGCGCCCACCAUGUCAUGGCCCGUGCCCGGCACUCUCAUGAUCGAACCCACCGAGUCCGAGAGCAAGGCCGAGCUGGACCGUUUCUGCGAUGCAAUGAUUGCAAUUCGGGAGGAGAUCCGAGCCAUUGAGGAUGGGAAGGCAGACAAGGCCAACAACACGCUCAAGAACGCCCCCCACCCCGCCUCUGUGGUGAUUGCUGACGAGUGGACCAAGCCCUACCCCCGCGAGCAAGCAGCCUUCCCCGCUCCCUGGGUGCGAGCUGCCAAGUUCUGGCCCACUACAGCGGGCCUCGCUGCAACCUCACCGGUUGAUUUAAUUCUUGACAGAGAUCAGUAUACCCUUGAGGAGCUACUGGACGAGGAUGAUCUUAUUCAGGAAUGCAAGUCUCUGAACAACCGGCUUGUGAACUUCCUUAAAGGGAAGCCGCAAAUCGAGAAGAUGAUCCGAUAUGUGGUGGAGGCACCUCCCGACGAUGGAGAUGCUAAGCGGACAUUCAAAUUCCCGUUCAUUUCGUGCGAAGUCUUUACAUGCGACAUUGAUCAGAUAUUAACGACAGUGGUCGAGGAAGAAGAGAUUAUGGAUCUGCUUUUCUCCUUCACAAAUCCAGAUCGUCCGCACUCGAACCUUCUAGCAGGGUACUUCAGCAAGGUGGCUGUUUCGCUCCUUAUCCGAAAAACUCCAGAAGUGAUGGCAUACCUUCAGAGGCACCCAGAGGUUCUAGAUAACCUGAUUCGACUGAUUGGGAUCACAUCCGUAAUGGAGGUCGUGAUGAAGCUUGUAGGAGCAGACGACCAGAUCAUGAUGUAUCAUUCCGACAAGCUGGAAUGGCUGGCUGAGACGAGCCUACUGGACACAUUGCUGUCUCAACUUAGUGCUCAGAGCUCCUCAGAUGUUCAUGCGAACGCGGCCGAGUGCCUGUCAGCCAUCGCGAGAACAGCCCCAUCCGCAUUGGCCGCUCAGUUGUCAACCCCCAAGUACAUUGGGAAGUUUUUCGAGCAUGUGCUGGAAGGCCCGAGAUCGAUGACAUCCGUCAUCAACUCCCUGUCCGUCUGCAUCACGUUACUCGACCCAAAGCGCGCACCGCCUCCUGGCGUCAUGCGCAACCAGCUCCAAUAUCAGCUGCAGACCCAGCAGUAUCAGCAGCAGCAGCAAGUGAUCUCUGUGGAGACCGUGGAAGGGAUGGUUCAGCGACUGGGCGAGUUGAUUGGCAUUCUAGACCUUUCAAACGACGACAAGGUCCUCCCAACAACCUAUGGAGAGCUACGGCCGCCGCUUGGCAUUCACCGUCUCAAGAUUGUGGAGUUCAUUGGAGUGCUUCUUGGCACCAACAGCGAGCUUGUGCGCCUGGAGCUUGUGAGGCUAGGCGGCGUGCGCACAUGUUUGGAUCUCUUUUUCAGAUUUCACUUCAACAACUUUCUGCACCACCACGUGGAGAGGAUGGUCAUGGCCAUUCUGGAGAGUGGAAGCUCGUUGCUGCUGGAUCACCUUUUCGUGGAGUGCGACAUGCUCAACCGAAUCAUGACCGCCUAUGACGACCCCCAUGCGCCAGAUUCACGCCCGGAGCCAAGAGCUGCGUCAGCGAGAGUGCCUGCUCGGAGCGGGUACAUGGGCCACCUGACGAGAAUAGCCAACAGGAUCUGCCAGCUGGCAGCGUCAAACUCGCAGAUCGAGGCUCACGUUCAGGCGAAUCCACGGUGGGCGGAUUGGCAGAAGAAAGUUCUCAGAAAACGCCUUUUGCUCGAGAAUGUCUACCAGUGGUCUUGCGGCCGGCCAGCUGCAUUGGACGACCGGCCAGGCGACAGUGAUGACGACGAGUUCAACAGCCGCGACCGGGACUUUGACAUUUCCACCAUCUCGCUCACAGGAGGCUCGAACGCCAACAGGAGCUAUGGGCAAUACGCAUACGGGCAGUCACUGCUUGACUCAGACGACGUGGAAGAGGGCCACGAGCUCAGGGAUCCCUAUGACGUGGACCUCGUGAAGGCGGAGCAAGAAAUCGAGACAUUGACCCUCACUGAGAAUGCUCCCACAAGUGGUGAGUCUGAGCUGCUGCCCACGCCUGCAGCAGAGGAGCCUGACAAGCCUUUGUCCAGCGACAAGCCUGAGGGUGAUGGCGCUGCAGAUGACGAGGAGGAAGGCGCUGAGCAGACUGGCACUGAUGAAUCCGGUUUCAAGCCGUUGCUGCUGGACGGUCCCAGCAGCCUGUUCACAUCAUCAGAGGCAGCACAAACCGCAUGGGUGGCGUUCCAAGAGGAGCAGCAGCAGAUGGCAGCAGCGGGUGAUGGUGGAGAGGGUAGUGCAGUAAUAGCUGAAGAGGCAGCAGAAGGGUCGGCUGAAGGGGCAAUUGAAGGGGCAGCUGCAGGGGAAGCUGAAGUGGCUGUGGUAUCUGCCGCAGCUGAAGAAACAGCAUCUGAAGUUACAAGAAGCAGUGAAAGUUCUGGUGCUGUUACUGUCACUGACGAAUCAUCUGGGGUUGUUGCAGCAGAAAGCAUUGAGGAGUCAGGCAGUGCUGGUGCUGAUGUCCCACCAGCAAUCACUCAAGAAUCGAGUGUAGAGUCAGGAAGCACCCAGCAGGCUGUGGACGUUUUUGAGAGUUCACCCUUUGUUGCAGCUUCCACGCCAGAGGCAACAACCGAAGAAACUGCUGCAGCGCAAUCUGACGAUGUCACAGCUGCUGCACUCACAGAGGCUUCAACAGCCGCACUGACUGACCCUACUUUAGGUGAAAGCACAUCUGAAUCCCCGGAUGUCGACACAACAGCAAUUAAAGUUCCCGUAGUAGCAGGUGCUGUAGCAGAGACAACAACUGGCGAGGUAAUCUCAGGUGCAGAAGGAGAAAUCAGGGGUGCUGGGGAGACGGGUGGAGCAGGAGGGCAGCAAGUCACCCGGGGAGGUAAUAGUGAAGGGCAGGCAGGAACAGAAGCUGAUACUAGCUGUGGAUCUGCUGCUGCAGCUGUGGUGUCGACAUCAGCUGUAGAGGUCCAACCAGAAUCAGCAGAUAGCAAGGCGCCUGCUGCUGAUAGUGAAUUGGCACAAUGA